AUGGCACCUCAUCGGUCUAAAACAAGUGAAAUUUGGAAUCAUUUCACCGAGUCUGCACACCAGAAGGCCAAAUGCGGUUAUUGUAGUGUUAUCCUUAGUACUUCGGGAGGUUCGUUAAACAAUUUAAAGCGACACUUGAAGUUGAAACAUUGUACUAUUCCGUUUAAUUCAAGUGAAAGACGUCCUGUCGAAGAAAUGACUGAUGAAUUAUUUAUGCCUGAACCGUCAGGAUCAGGAACAACUUCAAAUUCAUCAGGAACUGAAAUUAUUCCAGGUCCAUCCACGACAGAAUCUUUUUCUCGUCCAAGACAGUCUGCAAUAUCAUCAUAUUUUAAUAAAACAAGACCAUUAGAUGUUAAUCAUCAAAAGAGAAUUGAUCAACAAUUGACUAAAAUGAUUGUAAAAGGCUACAACUUGCCUUCAAGGAAAACAGUAUCUAACAGCAUGAUACCCCUUUUAUAUCAACAAACAUACGAAAAAGUACAAGGUUACAUGAUGAAUAGUUUUGCAGUAUGUUUGACAACCGACGGUUGGACAUCAAUAAAAAAUGAAAGCUACCUAGGAGUUACUGGUCACUUUAUUAAUGAAAAUUCUUUACUUCAAUCAGUAUGUCUUGGCUGUGAGAAUUUCAAUGAGAGACAUACAAUUGAAAAUCUUUCAGUAUUUUUAAAAAAUAUAGUUUGUACAUGGGGUAUUCAGCACAAAAUAGUAGCAGUUGUCAGUGAUAAUGCACCUAACAUUGUAGGGGCCAUAAAGGACAAACAUUUUAAAAGAAGUUCGCACGCCCAAUCCAAACUCCAGGAUAUACAAAAACAAUUGGGCUUGUCACCGUUAAAAUUGAAACAAGACGUAAUUACCAGAUGGAAUAGCACUCAUGAUAUGUUCAAACGAAUAUUAGAAAUCAAAGAUGCUGUAGUAUCUACAUUAGCUAUUCUCCAAUGUACUGUAGAAAAUUUGACUGUAACAGAAUGGGAAAUUAUUGAACAUUCAACAGAAAUUUUACAAAUUUUUUCGGAAGUCACCAGAGAAAUAAGCAGUGACCAAUAUGUAAGCAUGUCCAAAACACUCAUUUUUAUUCGAGCAAUGACAGACGCAAUGCAUAGUUUUAAAAAUAAUAUAGCUUUACCAAAUGAUGUGAAACAAUUGGUCUCAACAUUAUUAGAUGAAUUGAAUUCAAGAUUUUUAGGAUAUGAAGAUACGAUUGAACACUUAAAAAGAAAAUUCUGUCAAGUUUAUUUGUCUGGUGCAGAUAAUGAAAUUGCACCAGCUAAUGAAAGUGCAACACCAAAAUCAUCAUUAUUAUGGAAACAUUUUGAUGAAGAAUAUAAAAAGACAACUAGUACACUAAAUCCAACAGCGGCUGGAAUUAUUGAAUUGGACAGAUACUGA